AUGUGCCGAAAAUUCACGGGUGCACUGCUAUCCUUCGACUUGUUGAUUCACCCAUCUCAAUUAGGGGAUGAUAUCACAAAGACAGCGACGUACAGGGAAUUCAGGUCCAGUGAAGCUGCGACUCGGUCGUUUUGCUCAAAUUGUGGAAGUGGAUUGACCUGGCGAAUUGAUGGAAUGGAUGAUAUGAUGGUCAUCUUUCUAGGCACCAUCGAUGAAGAAUUCCUGAUCGGAAAGAAGAUCAAAGGGAGUGAACAGCAGACAGAAUUGGGUGUGAAGUUCGAUAGGCAGGGCGGGUUCUCGAAGGAACUCUGUGAACCCAAUAUGGGCAACUUGUUCUGGGAUAAUGCCAUCCCAGGAAUCACUGAUCAUGAUCUGGGUGGAACCAAGUUUCUACAGUCAUUCCCGCAAGAGUGA